AUGGCCGCUCCAUCCCGAGAAGGCCCCAAACCUUCGAUCAAUCGCCAGACGACGACUCCUUUCCACCUCAAGCUUUUUUAUCGCACCAACGGCUUCUACCCUCUAUCCGAUUAUAAGCUUCCCAUAUCUCCGCGUCAACGCGGUGGUCCAGUCAGUGGUCCGAAUGCCACCCGCGCACCCUCCCCUCCGCCAGCUGCUGUAACGCUUCCACCCCAUCUUGAGAUCUAUACCUGGCAAUCAUGCACACUUCGGGAGCUUUCACAGCUUCUAACCUCCGCAUUACCGUGGUUACUAGGCGAAUCGCCCACCGGGACUCGACUUUGUUUUCGUCUGAUCUACCCCGAUGCGCGUGGCGCAGCAAUAGCAGGCAAUGAGGUUCGCGGUCACUAUAUCAGCAAAGAUCUGGGCAGUGUGGUUGUUGCGCCAAAAGAAAGCCCACUCCGGGGGGAUGAAGACGCAGAUCGCCAGAGCGAAGCACAGAUGCGCCAUGGGCCGUUCCGUUUUCAGGGUGGAGAAGCCGACAAAUGUUUGCAGGAUGUGCGAUUCAUAAUCGGAGAUUACAUUGAAUGUGCAGUCCUGCCGCCGCGUGAGGAUGGAUCAAUCGCACCACCGAUCCGUGCUGGCUCCGGGCCGCCGCCGAUGGGUCAUGGCAUGCGCGCAUUUGGGCAGAAUGGAUCUGGGCGACCGGGUCGUGGGGGUCCUCGUGGGGAUCGUAGUGGACCUUCGAAUGUCCCUAUGGGUGAUUGGAGGCGCGGGGAGAGACUCCCUGAAGGAGGUGGCCGUGGAGGUCGUCGGGGAUGGAAUCCAUAUUAA